AUGGAAGCGAGGAUUUUCUCUCCCUUCUCAAGACUUUGGAGGAAGUCUGACGACGAAUGCUUACUGGAAAACGACGCAAUUGUGCUUCAGCACGAGGAGCAUUCCCUUGAAGUCGACGAGAAAUGUUUUGUAGACAGGAAUGCCCACCACAAAAUGGAGGAAUCAAGCCGAACUAACACAGCCGACAGUACAGGUGAUGAGUUCACUACAAUUAACCUACAGGAAGAUACGGCGCGUCCUCCAUAUUCAGUGACAGGUGAAGUUUCUGUAACAACAGAAGUUACAUCACCAGCAGCAAAAAGGGUCGCCUUCUUAGGGAUGACACUGUGUGUAAUUUCGUCUUUGUUCAUCUCUUCAGCGGCACUGUUGAUCAAACUCGCCGAGAGCAUUCCAAGCCUGGAGAUCACCUUCAUCCGCUUGACGUUACAACUCGUUUUCUCACUCCCACCGAUGAUUUUCUUCAAGGAUAAGUUUAUCCAUCCAUGGAACAAGAGCAAAUUCUUAUUGCUUCGCGGGGUCACUGGAGUUACAGGCAUGGCUCUAAGUAUUUACGCUGUCAAACAUAUGCCAUUGGCUGACCAGAGGGUUAUAUUUUACACCUCUCCUGUCUAUACAGCUAUUCUUGGACGCAUUUUUCUCAAAGAAUCCGUCAGUAAGUUCGAUGCGGUAGCCAUUCUAUCAACUAUUGGUGGGGUGGUGUUAAUCGCGAGGCCUACCUUUUUGUUCGGUUCUUUAGGGGAGGCCUCUAAAUCCGAAAAAGUCUGGUUUCCAACCCUUCUCGCUGUCGUUUCAGCGAUUUGUCAUGCCUGCUCUAUCGUCCUGACUCGGAAAAUAUCAAAAGAAGUCGGUUCAAGAGUGGUAGUAUUCUACGUCGCUGUAGUUGGAACAAUCAUAAGCCUUAUAGCUUCUUUAAUUUCGAAUUUUGGGUUCAAAUUCCCAGACUGUCGGACUCACGACGCACUGUAUGUCCUUGGCGCCGGUGCAUUAGGUUAUGGAGGCCAAUUACUGGUAACCAAAGCCUUGACUUUGGAAAAAGCUUCAAUUAUUUCUUUGCUGCGCACAACUGGGAUCGCGUUUUCGUUCGUUCUCCAGCUCAUUGUCCUUCAUGUUGUUCCAGAUGGCCUUAGUAUUGGUGGUGCUAUUCUUGUCCUUCUCUGUAAUGUUUCUAUUUUCAUCAAGAAAUUUUUAGACAAGAAAAACAGUCACGCAAAGGCUUCGAAUAAUACUUAA